GGUGGCCGACCUCUGAGUUUGUGAAGCUAUAACAUCAAGGUAAACUGGGAUUUUACUCUUCUGGCGUGGUUAUGUGAUGGAGUGAUUUGUUAUCAAGGUGUAUCCGUGACAGAUUUGUGGAUACACGAGCCAGGAAGCUCGAGUUACGGAGGCCCUGUACGCAUCACCAGACCUUCACCACUGAUCAUCACUCACAGCCUCAUGUCUCAGAACCAAAGAAGACUGAAAAAUGGUUCACUGUCAACUAGAACUAAGCCAGCCAUUCUGAGAACCAGGAAGAGAAGGAGCUCAGAAAACGAUGAAGACGAACGACAUGUAAAACAGGCACGUGUGGAACCUACAGAGAUGCCUCAGCCAUUGGGCGAUGUGACAUCCAGCCUCAAUGUGGAGAGGGAGCGGUCAGUGACCCCAGACAACCCUGUACCCGAGACAUGGAAUAAGUUUCGAGGUCUGACAUGCAUCCCAACACCACAGUCCACCAGGAAACUGCCAUUGCCAAAGUUAAGUUGGGCCGAUCAAGGUGAGGUAUGGGCGCUCAUGUGCCGGAAAGAUCGCCUCUAUCCUCGAUGUCCAGAUUACCUCAGUCAACAUCCCUCGUUACAAGCACGGAUGAGGGCCAUUCUUUUAGACUGGUUGACAGAGGUGUGUGAAGUAUAUAGGCUACACCGUGAAACAUAUUACCUAGCCACUGACUUCAUCGAUCGCUACUUAAGUGCCUCGAGAGAUGUUCCCAAACAACAACUGCAACUUAUAGGUAUAACAUGUUUAUUUAUAGCAGCAAAAAUAGAAGAAAUUUACCCACCAAAGCUCUCGGAAUUUGCGUAUGUGACUGACGGUGCUUGCACAGAUAAUGAGAUCUUGGAGAAGGAGCUAGUCAUUUUAAAGAAACUUAACUGGGACCUUUCCCCCAUCACAUCCAACUGUUGGUUAAAUACAUAUCUACAGCUGGCACAAGAACAGUCGCAAAGAGAAUCGGGUGACGGCGAUGCGGCCACUGAUGACCACAGCUUCGUCUUUCCCCGGUAUUCUCCCCUCAAGUUUGUACAGGUUGCAAGAUUACUAGAUUUGUGUACUCUGGAUAUGUCAAGUCUGGGAUUCACUUCAAGCAUGGUUGCAGCAACAGCUAUGUGCUAUAUGAUUUCCCCUCAGUUGGCAACUCAGGUCUCUGGCUACUCAUCAGAAGAUCUACAGGAGUGCUAUGACUGGAUGGCAGCAUUUGCUAUUACAGUACAUGAGAUGGGGCCAGUACAGUUGAAAUCUUUUAGCCAAGUGGCACAAGACGAUAUGCACAACAUCCAGACACACACUGCAGACCUCGAUGUUUUGGAGCGAGCACAGAUCAGGUUGAGUCAGAUACGGUCUUCUUCUCGGAAUAGUCCCGAGUCAUCAGGAGUUUCAGUCGUGAUGCUUACACCUCCAAAAACAGAUGAGAAAACCAAAUUUUAAAGUGAUUUAUUUUUAAAAUUUAAAUAGGAAAUGGCAUUUGCAGUUUUUGAUAAGCUCAUUUCAUUAUGAUAUCUCUUUGUAGAUGAAUCACCUUAAUUUUUAAGGGAUUCCUGAAGCUACAAGACAUUAAUGACUUGUCAUUGUUCAUCCAUGAAGAUUGUUGGCCAAUAGUGGGUGUACACAAGUGUUUUACUGUCUUGUGGUUAUUUUUAUACAUAUCAGAUAGGUUUGGCCAUGCUUAUACAUAUCAGAAGCAUUUCAUAUUACUUUAUAAUGAAUCUAAUAUAAAAAGUAACAUUUUAUUGUACUUGCUUUUCUCACUAAUGUGCAUGCUGUGCAACAUUGUGUUUCUUAUGAAUGUUAUUUUGUGUACAGUAUUGACUUUGUGGGCAAGUCUUAUAUUUGGAAGGAGCUUCAAUGGCAAUUUUUAAACUUUCUAUAAUUUUGUUCUCUAAUUUGACAACUAGGCAAUUUGUUAACAUGCUGAAUUCUUCCUAUUGAAAUCUUGUAAGGUUUUAAUUAUUCUUAAUUUAUGAUAUUGUACAUAAUAUGGUACGUAAAUGUAUGUAGCGAAGCGAUUAAUAAUUAAACCUGAGGUUUAAAAGUUAAUUUCUUUAUGGUCAAUAUUUAGUAGUUGGCCAGCCAUCGAAACAGGCCGUGUAAAUAGCAUGACUGUGCCUGGCAAAACAAAUCUAGUCUUUUCCGUAAUGGGAGUACAGUUUAUUGUUUUAGUGCCACGUGCAAUGGCAUUUCAUAGUAGUAUGAAAUGCUCGUUCAGGGUUUUGCUUCAUAACUCUUACUUUAGAAAAUUACUUGUUCUUUUGAGCUGUUUGGGCGAAUCCUGUCAGCUUUCUGUAUAUGAAAAUAUACUAAAAAAUGUGUAUCAAGGAAAGAUAUGUGGUGACAUGUCUGCGUGAUGCUACAGGGCUUUUUAUUUAUAUCUAUAUAUUUUUCACAUAUACAUAUUGUCAUCCAUCAUCUCCAAAGCAUGGCACUGUUUUGUCCCUAAUGACUGUGCCAACUAGACAGAUAAGGGAUACAGAGGCAUAUUACAGUUCACAACUUCGACUUAUUAGAAUUGUAUUUUCUGAUUCUUUACAUAUUACAAGUAAGCUGGGCAUUUAAUAUCUUUAGUAAUUUGGAUUAAGAACAUAUACAAAGAUGCAUUGGUCAUGUCAUGUGUGUUUGCUGUUACUUGUGUAAUUUCCUAACAUAAGCAAUGAGAAAAAUAAGGUCUCUUUUUUUACUUACAAAUUCCAGUAAUCACAAUAGUUUAAAUGAAAAUUUGCUUCUUUUCUUUGUACACUUAACAAACUAUAAUUGUUAAAUUAAUUUUACUGCAUUGAAUUAGUGUGCAGUCUGGAAAACGAAUAUAAAUAAAAAACUUUUAAAAGUGUCUUGCAUAUCCAUUGGUGACAUUCAUUUGUGUGAUCUCUUGAGGUUGGGACUGAAUGAUAGACUAGUGAAUCAUGGUGGAACUUUGAUAAAAAUAAUUAAAAUGCCUGCAUUUUGUGAAUCCAAUAAUUGUAGAUAUAAAAGCACACUUAAAAUUUCCUAUUAGGUAUUGAAAUACGUUUAUGUAAGAACUGUAGCAUUUCAUCACUUAGAGUUCAAUAAUAAUACUUACAGGCAGGCUCUAAACCUGUAGAGGCCGAAAGAGCUUAGGAGGUAAUCAGGUUUAAACGGGAAGAUAAAUCCAAUUCCUUGGAUUAAGAGCCCUCCACCAGCAGAAAGGCACCAUUCUCAAAGGUAAUGAAAUGUCCAUCUUUCAAUGGAGGUGUUUAGAUGUAAGAUGCAGGGCUCUUGAUCCAAUUAACUGGAGCUACGCUCCUUUUCCUGGGAGUGAAUUUGGUUUUCCUGGCACUGAAUAAUCCCUAUGGAUUUAGUGUUUCCCCAGGAACAUAA